AUGCGGCUGCCGCCGGCAGCGAUGGGCCUGCUCGUGCUGCUGCUCCUGAGCAGCUCGGUGCCUGGGGGCGGUCUGUCGCUGGAGAGCCUGUUGACCAACAUGAGGUGCAAGUGCAUCAAAUCCACUGCGCACGUCAUCAACCUGGGGCUGAUCCUCACCAUCGACGUUACCCCGCCCGGCAUUCACUGCAGGAGGAAGGAGGUCAUCCUCACCCUGAAGAAGAACAGGCGGGUGUGCGUGACCCCCGAGGCUCCCUGGAUCCAGCUGCUCAUCCACAAGCUGACGCAGAGGAACGGCCCCAAGAAAAUGCUGCCGCGGCCACGGCGGGAAGCACCGUGCUGCCCUUGGAGACCCCCCAUCCCGUCCCUCCCACUGUCCAUAUCCAGGGAGUCCACGGGCAUGAAUUCCUCGUGGGACAGCAGUGACACAGCCUGAUACACGCUGGGUUAGGUGGCACCACGCUGGUGUUUGCUCUGCUCCCUGGGUUUUGGCGGGGGCAGGAGCCU